GACACAGACUCCAUCAAAAGUCUCUACAGCUGUUAGAACCGACUGACAGCUGAUCCAGCUGUGAUCAGCUGCCGCCGUCAUCAGACACGUCGCUUCAUGUGGCGCUUCGGAGGAAAGGACGUCUCAUGUCUCUAAAAACAUAUUUCCUCGUUCCUUCUCUCCUGGCUUGGUUUCCUUGCAUCUCUCCAUGCAUCCCCGGUGGGCGGGAAUAAGACGCAAGAAAAAGACGCACGUGAGGGAAAUGUGAUAAUCACCCCUUGUACUGUAGAAAAAGUUUUGCUUUGUUGUCGGAGUGGAAAGAGAUGUUUCUCCGGUUGAGUUCUUGUUGGAGCCGGACGAUUGUCCAUUCAGAAAUGUUUGGAGUGGAGGGAGGGUCGGGGUGCUGGCUCGGAGGUCGCUCGGGCGCCUGUACCUUGAGCGGGCCGGCGGACGGCGGCUAGUCGAGGCUGUGUGCUCGGGGCGCCGAAGCCGGGAUCUCCCCCUGGAGCUGCUGGCAGGCGAAGGCCGACAAUAUUCGAAUUGUCGGAGAUCGUAGGCUGAGUUCGCCGGGGAAUAUGAGUAGUUGAAUGCAGCCGACAUUUCAGACGAAGUUGUUCGGGAGAAGGCGAAGACUCCUGUAUAUCUGAUGUUAGGUGCUCGUCGAACAUGUCGCUGUCCGAAAGAUUGAGAAUGAGUUCUGAGUCCGUCGUUGGAGGUAUCAACAAAGGAAGCUGUUUUCGGAUCAAUCAUUUUCCAGAGGAUAACGACUACGACACAGACAGCUCAGAGUACAUCUUACGUAUAGUGCGUGCAUCAAGCCUGUUUCCCAUUCUCAGCAACAUUCUGCUGAUGUUGGGUGGCCUGUGUGUCGGGGUUGGGCGCAUCUACAGCAACAAGAACAACAUCCUGCUCAGUGCUGGCAUCCUGUUUGUGGCUGCAGGCCUGAGCAACAUUAUCGGUAUCAUCGUCUAUAUCUCCAGCAACGCCGGAGAUCCCAGUGACAAGAAAGACGAGGACAAGAAGAACCUCUACAACUACGGCUGGUCCUUUUACUUUGGCGCCCUUUCCUUCAUCGUGGCUGAAUCGGUGGGUGUUCUCGCAGUCAACAUAUAUAUUGAGAAAAACAAAGAGACGCGCUUCCGAGCCCAACGCGACUUCAUCAAAACCACCUCCUCCUCUUCGCCAUACUCUCGCAUCCCAAGUUACCGCUACAGACGAAGGCGCUCACGCUCCAGUUCGAGGUCAACUGACCCGUCCCGUGAGCCCUCCCCAGUGGGGAUGAAGAUCGGUAGAGGAAGUGGCGGAGGAGGGUUGGGGAUGGGUUUGCCAAUGGGGGAUAUAUCCCUGUACGCCCUCAGUAGGGACCCUUUGAAGGGUGCAAGUGGGACUGCAAGGCACUACAGCCCAGAGAGGGACUCUGAGUUUUUACAAGUCCACAACUGCUUCCAGAAAGAUCUGAAAGAUGGCGUCAACAGGAGGACCACGCCUGUAUGAGAUCAGGAGUGUAUUGCUGUGUAAAACAAUAAGCUUGAUGGAAAACCUUACACAUUGUACAGUUGAUGAGAAAGGACAAUUCCUCCCCAGGGCUGUUCAGGCAGCAGCGAUGUUGAAAGGUCAGAGCUCAAAAUUGUUUUCCUUGCGUCCCUCUGUGACAGAAAAGUGCCAAUCUGUGUUUCAUUUGGAGAAAGGAGGAAAAGUGAUAUCAGAACAACUUUUUAUGAUAUGAAUCCUUUUUUUAAAGGGGAUGCAGACAUUUUGUAGCAAUAUUUGAGAGGUUUAAUUCUAAAAUGGGAUAACCGCAUACACACUUCUCUUACAGAAAGACUGAAAAUUGUUGUUCUUAUUCUGUUAUUUUUUAAAGGAUGGUCACUUAAGACUUUGCCUGAUAAAAUAAUUAACCUUUUAUAGACUUGCUCAAUACUAUAAAGACUCUGAAUAUUGACCUUCAGGUAAUGAUGUUUUUCUUCUAAAAUAGCUGGAUAAUGAAGGUAUUUCUUUUAUUCUGAGGAAAAAAACAGAUGUUUGUCUAAAAUUUAGUGAUUUAAUGAUUGAGUAUUAUAAUAUUAUAUGUUAUUUGUAACUUAACACAACUGGUGCUAACUUAAUCUGUACACCUUUGCUGGUCUUAAGCUUUCUCAACUGCCAUUUAAAUACUUUUACUGUCUCUCAAUAACCUCUCUCAAGCUUGUAUGUGAGUCAUGUGAUAAAUAUAUGUUACAGUAUGUGAAAUGUGCAUCACAGCUCUGAAACACUGCCACACUGGGACACAUUAAUACUAUGAACAUGGAUUUCUGUAGAUAUAUAGCGAUAAUGUCACUACAUUCCAGUAUGCUGUGUGAUGUAUCAGUGUAAACAUUAUUUGUACUGUAUUUCUGGUUUGCUGUCUGUUCGCUCAGGGACGAUGUGUGGAACAAAUGCAUUUACUUUUAGAGAUGUACAGCAUGAGAAAGAAAAACAAGUUUAAGUUGUGUUUGGUUUUCCUUACCUAAGCCAAACAGACUGUGACAGUUGGUGUGUGUAAAAACAGAGGUGAGAUCACGCUGUAUGUGUUGCUAUUAAUUAACAUGACUCUUGUUUGUGCAUUUACUGCCUUUGUGUGUAAAGAAGGUUUUUGUCUGGUACAGAUUUGUUGAUCAUGGCACAAAAAAAAAUCUCUGGUAACUGAUGCAGAACUCAUAUGUAAAGUAUUUGUAUAGUAAUUGUUUUGAAAAAUUGUAAUUUUCAAGGGAUUGACAAUAAGAAACAAUGUUGUGUCA